AGUGUCCCGGUAACGGAAGCAGCUGUCGGUUCAUCGCUCGGUGUUUUGCUCAGAGCUCAGCGGGGACAAUGCCAGGCGAAGCGGCGACCCACUGUGGCUCUGCAGCCCGCAGGAGAACUCCCCAAAGCGGCUUCACAGAAGUCCUUCCCCUUUGUCCUGAAGAAGAUCAUGGACAUCCCUCCUCCCAACAUCCUGGAGGAAGGGGACGACGAAAUAGAGAAGGAGAAGCUGUGCUCCACCGAGGAUGUGGAAGCAGGCGGAGACGUGCCGCCCCCUGCAGGAGCUGGAUCCAGGGGAGGCGCUGGUGGCGGCGGCGCAGGAGGUGUGUCCGCCUCUCUGACACCGGCCAUCUGGGAGAAAACCAUCCCCUACGACGGGGAGACCUUCCACCUGGAGUACAUGGACCUGGAUGAGUUCCUCCUGGAGAACGGCAUCCCCGUGAGCUGGAGGAGGAGGGAGCUUCAGAAGACGCUGACCUCCGUGGACGGCAAAGGCAAUCCAUCCUCAAGGUUACUCCAGCAGCGGCUCCUCCCGCCGCAAGCCCAGCAUCCUCCCCCCCCUCCCCCUCCGCCACUGCACGCUCACCUCCGAGCCACAGGAGGCGCUGACCGUCACCACCUUACAACCAGCCAACUGAAGAGGACGAGGAAGAGGAGGAGGAGGAGGAGGAGGAGGAGGAGAAGAAGAAGAAGAGAGGAGGAAGAGGAGGAGGAGGCCUGGAAAAGACGAGGAAGCCGUAACACGCCCUCCCCCGUCGACCCCGACGCCAUCGAGGUGGACAUCAACUUCCGCGGACCCCCAGACCUGGUCCUGUCCAGCGUGCCGGGGGGGCGGCUGUUCAACCCUCGCAAACACAAGUUCUCUGACGAGGAGCUGAAGCCCCAGCCGAUGAUCAAGAAGGCCAAGAAGGUCUUUGUCCCUGACGAACAGAAGGACGAUAAGUACUGGUCCAGGAGGAAGAACAACGUGGCGGCUAAGCGUUCCCGUGACGCGCUGCGCCUGAAGGAGAACCAGAUCACGGUGCGCGCCUCCUUCCUGGAGCGGGAAAACGCGGCGCUGCGCCAACAAGUGUCCGAGAUGAGGAAGGACUGCGGGCGCUGCAAGAACAUCCUGGCCCGCUACGAGGCCAAGUACGGCCCCCUGUAAAGACCUCUGACUCUGACCCACGACGAAUCGAUGAGACAUGAAGCAGAACUCCCUUCCCCCGCAGAAUUCAACACAGACACAAACAUCAGGGAAUCUAAAUUUGCACUGUGGUCUUCGCUGACCUCCGGUCACUGUGGCGAGCUCCACUGGCUGGCUAACACCACGCCGGAGUCUCACAUACACACCGGCAGGCAGUGAGGCAUUAUGGGAGCAGUGGUCACAGGAAAGCCUGUGGAGAGCGCCUGGCUCCUACACUCAGAGAGGAAGGGGACUUUAGAGGAUUCUCCUCCAGUCAAACACACGGAAACGUUGGUCCGUCUCCAGACGGUCCAAGAACGUCAGGAACACGAAGCGUCUGCUCUAAAGAGCGGCGGGCGUCAAAAAACACUCCCAUCAGUUUGUCUCUCUGCACUUCUUCUUCUUCUUCUUCAGAGGACCAAAGCAUGAGUCAGUUAGAAGACGUGUUGUAGAAAGGUGCACACUAGCCGUCCCUCACUUUCCUUGUGUUGCACUAAUAUUUGUGUCGUUGUGUCUGUACUUUAAAUACCUGGAGGAGGAGGAGGAGGAGGAGGAUGAAGAUGAACAGGAGAGGAGCAGGUUCUCAGAGGUUCUCCCAGCCUGAGGGGAGAGGAGGCCUCAGGUGUGCAGAGGAGUCCUUCAGAGCGCUGUGAUCCAGACUCAGUUCUUCCUCGUGUAACACGUGCACGCCUCGAUGGCGCCCGUCUGUAAAUAAUCAUGGACCUGCUCCACGGAUGACGCGUGGCGGCUUCAUUCACUCUGUUUUAUAAACACAGAUUUAAGAGAGACUCUGAGAGGACAACAUGCAUGAGCUGCAGUCUGACGUUUCUUUUCUACUAACAUCAGAUCAGCUUCAGACCCUCUCAGCGUCAGUCUGAGCGAGGAAGAUGAUGAUGAAGAUGAUGAAGAAGAUGAUUUCACUCAGAGUAGUUUUUUAGAGAGACUCUAUUGAAGGCACACGUCUGGAGACCUGCAGGGCCCUCACAGGUGGAGGGGUACGUUCAUAUGUUAGGAUGUUUAUUUACUGCACACUGCAGGUAGGGGGCGCUGAGCCUCCUGCUCCGUGCAGCGAGGCCGGAGGGUUUGAUGGUCAGCAGCUGAAGCUGUCCGCUCUGUAAAUACAUGAUUGUCUCUCAGUCCGUCUUUCCUCUGACGGGGGACGAGACUGUCUUUAUUAACCAAUACUAUUCCUUAUAUUUGCCAAAUAGUCAUGAGUGCUGUAUUUAUUCUGAUGGUAAUAAUGCAUCUGUUGAUUGUGAUGUACGACGACAUGUCAGAUCAUUUCCUUUAAGGAACAAUACUUCAAUGAACCAGUGCAGGGAAUCAAAGGGUAAACUGUGCUUUUGGAUGUUUGUUUAAACACAGAUUUCUAUAGUUUUAUGGGAUAUGCUUUCUCUAUAAAAUCCAGUAUGUGUCAGACACACGAGGACAGGGCACACACUUAUUUACCUCAUCCAACACUUCCAGCGGAGCGGGGCGGCGGGCGGCGGCGGCGGCGGCGGCGGCGGCGGCGGCAUGGGCUGCAGGCUGGUGUUGGUUGAAACAGAGAGCACAUACAGAGCAGCUGAGUUUCACGGUGGGAUGGAUUCUUUUGAGUUCUCGUUGCCAAAGCGUCUGAUCUGUGUCUGAAUUAGUAACUGAAACACUGAGACUGUUAGACCGGGACUUUUUAUAUCUCAAGUGUCUUUGGCUGACGCACAUUUGGUCGUCAGUCAGCUCGCACUCGUAACGCCGCGACCCCCCGGAGAGAAAAAUAAAUGUGGCAAUAAUACUCCGUCUGCUCGUUCCUUUCAGUGAUGUCGUCUGUAACCUGCUGUGAUGAUGUUCUAAAUACUAACGCCCCAAAGUCAUUCGUGCUUCCACUUCUGAUCCUGGUCCUGUAGGGUCCUAAUGCAUGACUCCCGCUGAACUCGUCUUUCUGUUGCUUCUUUCACACCAAGUGUACUUACGUCUGUAACCAUCACUGAAGAGUGAGUGAGUGUGUGUGUGUGUGUGUGUGUGUGAAACCGUGUUUAUGACACCACAGCGCCACCUGUCUGUGACUAGCAUGUGUUGAUCACUGUGUGUAUUGAUCCUAUCAGCUGAUUGGUCCAUGUCUGCGUACACUGGAUCAGCUGUGAUGAUGAUGAUGAUGAUGGUGGUGGUUUCACAGACUCUUCUUAACAACAUGUUCUCUUUGCGUUGACACUCAGACUGCUUGAUGCUGUUUGUUCAUUAAUGCAGACCUCAGUUUCCUGUGUGACCCGGUCUGAAGGUCCGGCUCAGGAGAGCCUGGACGAGGACCCGGGUUCAUUUUGUUUAUAGUUCUGCAUUCAGUAUGUAGCAUCUCUCUUUUUUUACUCCUCUGGUUUUGAUGUGUAGCACCUCGAGGAUCCACCACAACAACACAGACACGUCUGCUGGUUCUGGAAACAGCAGCUGAUGUGGACAAGUGUCGCCCCCUAGAGGCAAACACUGAUACAGCAGCUGAUGUAGACGAGUGUCGCCAUCUAGAGGAAAACACUGAUAACAGCAGCUGAUGUAGACGAGUGUCGCCAUCUAGAGGCAAACACUGAUACAGCAGCUGAUGUAGAUGAGUGUCGCCCCCUAGAGGAAACACUAACAAAGCAGCUGAUGUAGAUGAGUGUCGCCACCUAGAGGCAAACACUGAUACAGCAGCUGAUGUAGAUGAGUGUCGCCCCCUAGAGGCAAACACUGAUACAGCAGCUUAUGUAGAUGAGUGUCGCCACCUAGAGGCAAACACUGAUACAGCAGCUUAUGUAGAUGAGUGUCGCCACCUAGAGGCAAACACUAACACAGCAGCUGAUGUAGAUGAGUGUCGCCCCCUUGAGGAAACACUGAUACAGCAGCUGAUGUAGGCGAGUGUCGCCCCCUACAGGCAGACACUGAUACAGCAGCUGAUGUAGGCGAGUGUCGCCCCCUACAGGCAGACACUGAUACAGCAGCUGUUUGUGUUUUAAAAUUAAAACAAUCCUUCAGUUUGAUUCUUCCUCAGAGACGAGGAACACAAACAUUUAAAGCGUCAUGUGAUCUCUGAUCAGUCUGAUCAAACGUAAACAAACACUUUUAAUAAUCUAAACGUAGAGACAACUCUCUGCCUGCAGGGGGCAGCAGAGCUAAAGUGCAGUUUGUUUCUGGACCUGAAGGUGGCGCCAAACUGCAUCCCAAUCUUAACCUGCUCUCUGUGGUUCUGGUCUGAACGGGUCCGGCUCUUGGUGCUUCACAUCAACUCCAGGUCCUUGUUUACGAAGUAGCUUCAGUAACUUUAAGACGAUGAAACAUUUGACAGAGAUUGUUUGUUUGGUGUUGUUCUGCUUUGUUUUCUCUUUUUAUAGAACAUGUUUUUGUUACGUGUUUUUGUAAAGGUCCUGACCGUGUAAAGGAGACAUGCAGAACCAUGUCCUAACUGUACCUUGUAUCAUGCAUAUGAAAUAAAAUGGGAUUUAAUGA